AUGGGUUCAUCCACAGUUGACAAAUUGCAGGCAUUCACAGAGGCAUUAUCGAUAUUAGGCAGUGAUUCUGCAUAUUCUCCUACUCGGAGGGAUGAAGCAAGAAAUGUAGGAAUUCUUUUCAAGAAAAGCCAGCCUCGAAAAAUCAAUUGCAGCUAUGCGUGCUCAAGACGCUGCAGGGAGUCAUCGAGAAAGAAUGUGUGUAAACGAGCAUGCAAGAGCUGCUGCGCCCGAUGCCACUGCGUUCCGCCAGGAACUUAUGGAAACAAAGGCGCCUGUCCCUGUUACGCUAGUCUAAGAACACAUGGAAAUAAGCUCAAGUGUCCUUAG